UCAUAACAUAACACCAAACAUUGCGUCGUUCAGAAAAUCUUUCCGGGUUGGAGCUGUUUAACCAGUGUCGGUCGACUUAUAGACAGCAGCAGUUGGAAGCUAAAACGCUAGAAUGUCCUCGUUCACCGAGACGGGACUGGUGAAGAAACUAUUCGAUCUAAACCAAAGCCAACAAAGCAUUCAAACUCUCUCGCUGUGGUUGAUUCAUCAUCGAAAGCAUCACUCAAUUAUCGUUAAAACAUGGCUGAAAGAAUUGCAAAGAGCACACUCAGCGAAGAAACUCACCUUUAUGUACCUGGCCAACGAUGUGAUACAAAACAGUAAAAAGAAAGGUCCUGAGUUCGGUCGCGAGUUCGAACACGUGCUGGUUAAGGCGUUUAAAAACGUGGCACAAUCAUCGCCGGAGCCUAAAACGAUCAACAGUCUCAACCGUAUACUGGGCAUUUGGGGCGAUCGGGGUGUGUAUGAAGAGCCCAAAAUCAAAGAAUACUCCACGGCACUGAACGGAACCGAAACAAUUCCGCGUGUGGAAGUGAAUGGUAGUGAUAAGAAACGGAAAAGCGACGUCAUUGGCAACGAGAAUGAUCCUUCGAAAAAAGCACGUGCUGCUGUGGGAACAGAAAAGAAGGCCAAAAGCGAGGUUGUCGAGGUCAACGGAAAGGUUGAAACGCAUAUUACGCUCAGCCCACAUCAACCGGACGGCGACCCUCCGGAACCGGAAGAUCUGAUCAAAGUAAUUCUGGAGUUGGAAAAUUCGGCAUCAAGCGAUGCGGUGGUACGUGAAAGAAUAGCUAGCCUGAAGCCGGAAGUAUCGGAAUUGGCAGCACUAGAUAAGCUAGAAGACAAAGAGGCAGCUAUGAAGCUUGCCGCGGAUGUCAACGAUGCCAUAAAGAUUCUAAAUGACUACAACGCGCGGCUAGCGGCGGAGAUGGACGAUCGAAAGAAGUUGACAACAAUGUUGAGAGAUUUCUUACGUGAACAACAAGAACUGCUGCUGCAAGCAGAAAAUCGGUUAGAGGAAUAUCAGAAUAAACUUGCUAAAAUCAAAGAAGUACAAAAAGAAGUUAGGAACCAUAUGAACAAUUUGCCCGAUCUGACUUCCCUACCGGAUGUAACCGGUGGUCUGGCUCCGCUCCCUUCUGCUGGUGAUUUGUUUAACGCGCAUCAUCACUAGGCCAGUAUGGAUUGAACGUAUUUGUAUCUCAACCGACAAGAAACAAAGAAAACCUCAAGUGGCACCCCCUCCCAGAGAACCUGAUUAUGUUGCACACAUAAUUAGCACCAUGAUGUAUACUAGCACUUGUUUAUGUACCAAAAGAGCAUGUGCAGUUGUGUGUAUACAUGUGUUAGAUUGAACGUGUGUUUGUUUAAUGCCUUGAUUUUCCAAGCACCACCCUCUUUAAGCGAUCCACGAUAUCCUAUCGGUAAGGAUUCGCUCGUCGAAAUCUGUUUGAAGCAGAGUCGAAGAAACAACAGAGACCAAAUAACGAGUAGUCGACCGACAGCCAACGAUUCAACUUAGAUGCCGAACGCCAACAUUCAUCGUAGAAAGAGCCGUUUGCUGAAUAAAUGUUGUGCAAUUGUAUCCAACGUGCUGGAUAUGAUGUUGAUGGAGAAAAAUGUAGAGCGAAU